UAGACAAAGUGUAGGCAGAUUUCUAAAGGAAAACACUAAACAGGAGAUUUUUGAGAAGUUUAAACCUCUUGAGUAUCAUCUGAAUAAUGAACAGCACUUGUAGUACUGUCUUUAGUGAGCUUUUUCUGGAGGGACAGUUGUGUGACUCUGUGAUCCGAGCUGGAGAUGUUGAGUUUAAAAUUCACAGGAUCAUCCUCUGCAACUGCAGCGCAUACUUCAGUUUCAUGACAGAGAGACAAUGUGAAAAUGCUGACCUGAAUCUGUACAAACCACUACCAUCAAACCAGGUCUACAACUUCCCCACUGUGUCCCCAAAAGCAAUGAGCCUCAUUUUGGAAUAUGCCUAUACCCAAUCUGUUGUGGUGACAGAGGACAAUGUACUGGAGCUGUUGGUGGAAGCAGACCACUUCAUCGUCACUGGUGUCAUUCAAGCCUGCUGCAACUUCCUGGAGAGGAAGCUUUGUUUCAAUAACUGCAUCAGUAUCUGCAACCUAGCAGACUUACACAACUGUCCUGACCUCAGGGGAAAGGCCUAUCUCUACAUCCUCCAUCACUUUGAAGAGGUUGCAGCACUCUCCUUGGAGUUCCUGCAGCUCUCUGUGCAGCAACUAUCAGAUCUUAUCGAGAAGGAUGAGCUCAAUGUGAAGCAGGAGAGCACUGUGUUUGAGGCCAUCCUCAGAUGGAUCAACUAUUCCCCUGUGGAACGUAGGUGUGACAUGCCUGCACUGCUCAGUAGGUAA